AUGGCGACGGUCGAUCUUUGCCAUGCUGUGGCAAGUCUGGUGUUCGCCCAUCCGAGUGCGGCACACGUCGUGGCGGCGGCGCUUGGCGCGGCCGUCGCUGCGGCGAUGGUGGCGGCCGCAGUUCGUACCUCCUUCGACGGCUCUCACGAUGCCGUCCACGAGGAGGUCAAGGCCAGGCUGGCCGUGGUGGAGCCAGCCCUCACUGAGCUGGCUAUGCGCACUGCGGGCCUGCACGUGGACAUGGGCUGCGGCGCGGACGGCCUCCCGCAGAAGUGCAAGGGAGGCCAGCCGGAGGCAGCGCAGCGGAGGCAAGUCCGAGGAGAGGGCCGCCCUGAGGCCGACGGAGGAGAGCUGCGAGUGCGAGGAGGGGCUUUCCAGCAAGGCAGCCUGCAGCAGGGCGCCGAGGGCGCAGACCAGAAGCAGGUCGAGGGCAAUGGAGUCGAGGAGGUCUGCCUGGAGCUCGAGGAGGCCGACGCGCAGGCCCGGCACAGCAAGACCACGCAAGGGAACGAGGAGAUGGCCGAGGAGGUCGCCUCGCUGCAGCUGGCGGUGGUUCCCGACUGUAUCGUCGACGACAGGGCCGAGGAGACGGUUUCGGUGUCGCAGCAGCUCGUGGCGCUCGUGCAGCUAGCGCGAAUGGUGCUGAGGCUGCAUGUCUUCGAGCUCGGGGUGCGGAGGCUCGUGCUCCUCAUGCACCCAGCCUGCUACUCGGCGUCGCGGAGGCUCGUGUUCCUCCUGUGGCCGUGGCGCAAGGCGGAUUCGCUCGGGAUGCGGGGGCUCGUGUUCCUCCUGCGUCCCGCCUGCUGCUCGGUGGCGCGGAGGUUCAUCUCCAGUGACAACCACAAUCUCAAGUACCUCGGCGUGACGGGGCUCGCACAGAUCGUGCAAGUGAACGCGUCGUACGCCGCCGAGCACCAGAUGGUGGUCGUCGACUGCCUGGAGGACCCGGACGAGACCCUGAAGAGGAAGACGCUGGACCUCUUGUUCCGCAUGACCAACCCGCAGAACGUGACCGUCGUGGUCGACAAGCUGACUUUCGCGCUCCGCACCAGCGUGGACGUCCACCUGCGCCGGGAGCUGGUGCAGCGCGCCGCGCCCUCGGCUCCUGGCUGGUGA